AUGGCAGAAGCUUCGCAAAAGCAGUUGAUCACAACUCUCAAGAAUCUGCUCGUCACAGGCGCAUCGUCCGACUUCACCGUCACCUGCGGUCCUGAUACCUACAAAGUCCACAAGAACAUUGUGUGUUCUCGUGCGGAGUUCUUCGCUCGUGCUCUGCAAUUCGGUGGGAAGGAAGCAAUUGAGAACACUGUUGAUCUUCCCGAGGACGAUCCCGCCAUCAUCAAGCUGCUGUUCCAAUGGAUCUACGAGGGCGAUUAUGAACCAACUGCAGAUCAGGCACCUGCAGAUCAGGAGCCAGUCUGGCCUUCGACCGAGUGUGAAGCAAAGUUUCCACAUAGAUGUUGCAAUGGCUGGGGUUCAUGUCAAACCACGGUCUGCACUCACCACACCUGCGGAACUGACUGCGAUCGCAACUGCAAUUCCUUUACUUGCCGCUCCUGCGAACCUGGCGCAGAAGCCAGCGAAGAAGAGAAGGAGCUUCUCAUCCACGCGAAGAUGUACGAAAUUGCCGAUAAGUACGAUAUCCCCGGCCUCAAAGACCUCGUCAAGGUAAAGUUUCGUCUCGCUUGUAAGCUGUCGUGGAACACUCUCGCCUUCGGCAACGCAGCUCACUAUGCCUUCUCUACCACUCCUGAUCACGACAAGGGCCUGCGGAACAUCGUCACCGACACUAUCGCUGCACAUAUGAAGGCACUCUUGAAACUGCCGGAGAUUGAGGCUUUGUUAACCGAGUUCAAUGGUCUAGCCUAUGACCUGCUUAAGACUCGGGUGUAUCCGGAACUUCAGCAUGAGGAAAGGUGGUAG